CUACCAAACAUGGCCACUAUAGCUGGAACUGUUCUAUUUCAACGGGGACAGGCUGCAGAGAGUGACAGUGAUCUGUGGGAUGAUACAGCUUUGAUUAAAGCUUAUGACAAUGCUGUGAACCUGGUGAAAGCAAAAGUAAAUAGUUCUGUAGUUAAUGGUAAUGAUAAUGAAUCACAGACCUCUAACAAACAAGAUAUAAACAAGAAGAGGAAGAGGAAGAGAAAAAAGAAACAUAAAAAUAAGAAAAAGUGUCCUUGGAAAGUAGGGGAUCAGUGUAGAGCUGUGUUUACAGAAGAUGAUCUGACAUAUGAUGCUGAGAUUGUUGAUAUAGACGAAGAAGCAGAGACAUGUAUUAUAAGAUACAGAGGAUAUGGUAAUGAGGAAGAGAAAGAAUUUACAGAACUACUUCAGCCAACCAGAAAACAAAAACAAAGACAUAAAUCAGAAUCAGAUAGUAUGGAUUGGAGUGCAAGACAGAGUCCAGCACCUGAAAGAAAGAAGAAACAUUCAGCCAGUAGUAGUACAAAUCCUCCUUUUAUGCCAGGAAUGCCAUUCAUGCCUCCAUUUCCUGGUGUUUCAAUGCCACAGUUUCCUUCUUUUCCAUCUUUCCCCCAAGGAUUUAUGGGACCACCAUCAGGGGGCCUCCCAUUUGUGCCUCCACCUCCGCCACCAAUAAAUGAUGAGUUAAUGAAUGGUGAUAAUGAAGCCUUAUGUAGUAUGCUGAUGUCCUGGUAUAUGAGUGGCUAUCACACAGGAUAUUACCAGGGACAGAACCAAAGAAAACGUCAAAGGUAUACCUCUACAGAACAAGACUCGGCAAGAUAACAUAUGGGAACUUACUGAACAACAUCUCAUAUUGUUCUCCAUUACUUACUUUGUUGUAAAUGUUAUUUUGUUUGUGAGUACAAACCAGCAUGUACUGCAGUGACAGGGAUGUCAAUAAUCAAACAAGCAUUUGUAUGUAUCUUGAGUUAUGAAUGAAUGUCAUGAAUGGAGGAAUGAUUCAUUGUUUUUGAAUCUGAUAUCAUUUUAAAAUCAUCAGUCAAUAUUUCAUUUUUUUUACAACAUAUGGAACAAUAAAAUAUUUCAGACAUUUUAGAACAGUAUAAAAUGAAUUUGUCAUAUUAAUUUAUUUGUAAAAAUCAAUUCUUUUUAUUUUCCGUGGGAUUUUUAAAAAGUUGUAUUUUAUCAAAUGAAAUAUGUAAUGUUAAUAAAAAUAAAUUGUGUUGUUUAAGUUAUGCCUUUUGUUAAAGCGAUAGAUAUUUGUUCUUAAAGGUACAAUUUGAUUUGCCUCUUCAGCAUUGUAAAGAUAUGGCUUUUCAAUAGGUUUGGUUGUUUAAGUCUUAUUUCUAUAGCUGUAUGAAUAAUAAAUUUUGAUUUUUAUGUCUGAA